CUUGUGUGUAUGUUGGACGUUCCGUUAUUUAAUUAAAAACACUCUACCACCUCUCACAGUGAAGAACAGGCACAAUAAUCCCGUAUAUUCCAAUCAAACCACAAGACUCGUAAUGCCACUGUUACCAAAGCAUACAUGCCCAUCAUGAGAGCAUCAUGAAUUAUGUCUGGCGAGGGAAGUGCUGAAGUGUCAGUGCCAACAGAUUUAACAGUAACCAGCGAUGGGGACAGCGAAGAGGGGUAUGCUGCAAGUCGAAGACAUGCUCGAGAACUUCAGAAUUUGGCCUCCGAUAGGGCAGAACUUCAGCGCAUUGUGCAGAAACAAAAGUUGGAGCUGCAAAGCAAAGAUGCUCAACUGUCAGCCUUCACCAGAGAGCAUGAAGCAGCCAUUGCCAAAGCUCUUUCUCAGAAAGAUGACCAAAUUAGCUCCAGACAAAUACAAGUGAACAGGCUGGAAGGAGAAUUGUCACUUACAAAAGAAAAACUGAACACUCUUCGAGAACGUGCUGCACGAGAAUUGGCUCAGUUGACACAGAAAUGUGCAGUCUUCCAGCAGAAUCAAAAGAGACUGGCCAUAAGGCAAGAUGAGUUAAAAACAUCACUUGCAAAUUUGAAAUUGACAGAAGAGGAGUUUGUUCAACUUCAUCGCACUCCAGCUCAACAGCUAACACUACAGCAAUACACUGCAUUGCGAGUAUAUGAGCUUGUGUGGCCUUUGAGAGUAAAACUCGGUGAAGCUGAAGCCGUCAAGUCUUCACUGGAAAGUGCGCUCUCUGCUAAAGAUGCCGACUUGAAAUUGCAUAGUGAGCAAUGUUUCAAACUGCAAAAAACUGUAGAAGAGUUGCAAAGAAAAUCUGAGCAGUAUGCGAGUGAACUGAUGAACAUAAAGGAUGAACAGAGAUCUGAUGAUUACAAAGUUCGAAAUUAUCCACGAGUUAAAGCCGAGAGAGACCAUCUGGAAAAGCAAAACAGUUUGCUGGCAAAAACAACAAAUGACCUGGAAUUACAGGCUGCAACCCUGAAGAAAGAGCGCAGUGUACUGGAAGAGAGGUAUGGUGAGCUUAAAGGCAAGACUAGGAAACAAGAACAUGAUUUAAAUCAUUAUAGAGAGGAUGCAGUAGAUCUAAGAACCAAAUUAGAGAGGAUUACAGAAGAUCUCAGCUCUUCAAGCAAACAGUUACGCCUUGAGAGACAGAGAAAUGAUGACUUGCAUGAGAAAUACAUAACAGCUCGAGGGGAUGUUACUUCUUUAACAGAAAAGUCCAAAGACUACCAACAUGAAAUUAAGUCUCUUAGAGAGAAACAUCAGGGGUGUACAUUGCAGUGUUCUGGUCUGCAAGAGAAGAUCAGUCUGUUGUCAGAAAAGAAUGAUAUGUUAAGAAGUGAAGUUGAAAAAUGCAAACUCAAAUACAGUGCAGAAACACAGGCUUUUGACACUGAAAUUAAAGAGCUGAAAAUGAGCAUGGCUUCAUUGUCAAAAAAUCGAGAUAGUUUGGUUGAUGAAAAUUCUAAACUUCAUAAAGAAAUAAAAACACUUGAAUCAUCUUACCAUGAAGCCAAACGUGCAAGGGAAAAUGAAACAUCAGCCUUAAAUCAAGAGCUGCAAAGGGUCAAGAACAUUUUGGCUGGGUAUGAGGGACUAGAAAGUGAGUAUGAAAAAAAUAUAAAAACGGCUGCAGGACUUUCGGAAGACGAGGCAAAUAAAGCUCUAGACAAGAUACUUCCUGGCAUAAGGUUAACAGGAAAUAAAGCACUGGCACAAAGUAUACAGCUUACUAGAAGAGUGCUUCAUCUAGAGAGAGAAAAUAUAGAGGCUUGCACUACUAUUCAGCAGCUGUCAGAUGCACUGGAGCACCUUAAGAAUACCGUUGGUUCAUACAAGACUGCCUUGUCCUUGGCUGGACAACCCUCAGCAAAUCUUCUUGAGCGUAUUGCAUCCCAGGAUGAUCAAAUAACAACAUUACAUGCUGCACUUCAGUAUAACUCUGUAUCAAAGAGCACUUUAGAAGAAGAAAAUAAAACUUUAACACGAGAGGUGAUUAGACUCAAGCAUGAACUCGACAACAUGAUGGCCAAGACAAAUGAGUUGAGCGCAAUAAAGCAACAACUGCAAACUGUGCUACAAUCUUUGCCACAAGUGGCAGUCAAUCAUCCUCAGACACACUUGAGAAGUGACCCGAACUUAAUGAGUUCUGCUUAUAGGGCAUCAGCAGAUCAAGAUGGUAGAUCUAUUGAGGAAAGCUCACACCCAGCCUCAACAAGAGCCAUUAUUAUUACCAAAAAUGUUCGAACAGGAAGACUUUAGCUGUCUUGCACAUUUUAUGUUACACUAUGAGUACUGUAUUGAAUUCAUAUAUACCUUUUAAUUUUAUCUUCAUUGUAGCAUUUUGAAUUUUACAUAAUUUACUGUUUGAAGUUUUUAUAAUAAGGCGGCUUGAAAAUCCUCAUAAAAAUAUUCAGCCCAUCCUGCUUUAUAAAGGGCAAAGUUGUACAGUAUUAAAAGACACUAGUAAAAAAUUACACUUAAUACAAUAAUAUUAUACAUUACUUCACAUAUUUAGAUAAAUUUUUCAAUUGAGAAUCUACUUUCCAUGAAUUCUAUCCUAAUUUAAAUUAAGAUAGAAUUACAGCAGCAGCUUUGUGCAUGCUGUAAUCAACUCUGUAAUUACAGUUACAACAGCUUUGUGCAUGUAACAAAAAUGUAAACACUGAAAGAGAAAAUAAUUACUACUGUUCUAAUGAAUCAAGUGGAAUGUUGUUCCAUAGCUUAUGUAUGUACUGGACAUUGUUCAUUAAUAUAUGUAAGACUUUCUAACACACUUUGACAUAAUUUAAAUAUAUUUACAGAGACAAUAUUUAAUGACUGUACAGUGCUAUUAAAGUUAAUAUAUUUAUUUAUUUAUUACAAUAAAUACAGCCUGUAUGGCCAUUUUAUUUAAGUUGUAAUGUACUAUGUGAUGAAAUCUCUUAAAAAUCUCAUUGUUUUGAAUGUUGUAUUUCUCAACUUUCUAGGUAUGAAUGAAACAUUACCUAUAAUCCUCACAUAUCAGUUUUUCCCAAUGUAUUGAUCUCAACUACCAGUCCCCACCUAGUGUAGUCCUAGUGUACUGUAUAAAUCUUCUUAGUACAGUGAGGGUCCUGGUAGUACAGUCGAGUUUGUUCUCGUCUCUCAAUUGGGAAUUCAGGGUUCUAAUCUCGGGUGGGACAGAAAUGGUUGGGCACAUUCCAUCUCACCUAAUGCUCCUAUUCACCUAGCGGUAAGUAGGUACCCCAUGAGUUAGUCAGCUUGUGAAGUUGCAUCCUGGAUGGGAAGUGGGGGGUUCAGUAAUUCACCCUUGGGGGAGACCUCGAUAUAAGCUUAACAUGUACACUGUAUAUAUAUGCUGGCUGACUGUCUCCCAACAACGAAUUAUUAUUGUUAUUAUUAUUAUAAUCUAUCAUUCCUUAUCUAAUUCAUUUUAGAAAUAGAAUUUAGAGUGUUUUUUUAUUGUAAAUUAAAGCUGUGAGAUAUUUUAAGGUCAGUCCCAAAGAUAUUCGGUUUCAAAUCAACGUUAGGUGGGAAUUAAUUGUUAAUCAAAAGUGUAUAGAUUUGGUUCACUUAUAAAUUACAUUCCCAAUUUUAGUUUCUACUUGCAGACUCUGAGGCAUUACCAGUUAUCAAGUUUCUGUUUUUAAUAGUGUUAAUGUGUCAGUGCAAUAAACCAUAGCAUGAAACCAUAUAAUAAUAAACAUAUAUAUACAUAGCAUAUAAACCAUUAACAUCCAUUUGUGAGAUGACUGUACCAUACAAGUGACUUAUUAUAAAUGUCUUCCAUAUUGGAAAUUUGUUAGUUUUACUGACUUGUUCGUUUUCUACAGCGAACAAUAUACCACAUGGCUCUUCUCGAGGAUGGCACACUAAGUCCUGUAUAUUGUAAUUACUUUAGUGUAGUUACAGAAUGAGAGCUACUCUCAUGGUGUCCUGUCUUCCCAGCACUCUUUGUCAUAUAAUGCUUUGAAACUACUGAUAGUUUUGGCCUCCACCACUACCUCACUUAAUUUGUACCAACUGUCUACCACUACAAAACUGAAAUUUCAAAUUUAUUUUCUGCAGCUUUAUCCAACAUCCAGGACAUGAGUGUGCCUUGCUUCCUGACUGUCCCUUGCGGUCAUUUGUCCCUCGAUGGAAUCCUUGGUGAAUCAGAUACCUUCGAUAUUGUUCACCUUAUGUGCUUUUGUUCUCGAAAUGGUAUCCUUAGUGUUAUUUAGCGCCUUCUGAAUAGCCUGCAACUUUGAUGGUGCUACAUAGUCUCCCCGGCUUGACGCCUUCUUUCGAUAAUUACUUCGGCAGCUUUGUUUAGUUAGCUUAAAUUUAUUUCCUCUUGUUAUCGAAGUUCCAGGUCUCAAGAAUUCUUCAUCAAUUUUGUCUAUUCCCAUUACUAUUUUGUACAGUGAUUGUAUCAUCUCUACUUCUUUUAUCUUCUAGUGGCAUAGUUAAUGCCUCUAGCCUCUCCUUAUCAUGAUCAUUAUAUUGUGCAGGUUAUGUUUUCCAUAUUUUUAUUAAACUCUUGGUCCUUAAAAUGCAAAGCUAUUUAAGCCAGUUAUGCAUGAAAAAGUAUUGAAAACCCAUAAGGAUCAUUCACAUAUGGGGGUUGGAGGAGUGUAAGGGAUUUACAGAAACAGCCUCUGCAGCUAGCAUGCAAACACCUUCAGUAAUUUAUUCUAGAAGUUUACAAGGGCAGUAUUUUUUAAAGUCAUGCUUUGCUUCUUAUUGCACCAGGACAAUAUGAUUGCAUUUAAAAGAUGAUUAAUCCUUUAUAUGCAAAUAUACUUUUAAUAAGUCUCGAUCAAUAGCAUCAGCAGGAUUAUGGUAUGUAUAUUAUAUUUGAAUGGUUUUGUUUGUUAAAAUUUUAAAAAAUCCACAAGACCUAAAGAAUUAUUUUAAAGAUUAUUUUUUUGUAAUUGCCAUGCAGAGCCUUGAAGAAGGGCUAGUGUAAAACAAGUGAAUAGAAGUGAAGUGGUGGAGAGGUACAUGACCAUGCUGCAAAGAACAGUAAUACUAGUUUCCUAAAUGUAAUUUUUGUAUUAACAGUUUAAUAAAAUUUCAAAGAUUUAUA